GGUAAAUGUACUUGGGUAAUCUCUAUGCUUCAGAUGCCUUUCUGACAAUAAUCAACAUUACAAUUCUAGGGGGCUGGAUCUGUCGAUUUGGCAAAAAUGAGAUCCAGAUUGUUAUGCAAGGAGAGCGCACUCUUUGUACUGAUCCUCGAACGCCCAACUUGCUUGUUCAAAGCAUGAAUGGCAAGGAAUCUCACAUAAGGAAAUCGCUGCGCACCAUAGAGAGGAAGCUCAUCAAUGGAUCUGAAAGGAGGAACCAAAGAAAUGUGACAGAAGCUCGUUCACUUGUCAGAGGCUCUACUACUUGCAUUAAAAAUGGAGUAUUGGCAAUUGCAGCCAACACACGGACACAAAAUAGAGUAUUGGCAAUUGCAGCCAACACACGGACACUUAGGAGACAAUCACUAACAGGUGCUGGUUCAGACCAGUCUCGCCGGUCUUCUCUGGGUGGCAAGUCCACUAAUUCCAAUGUAAAAGACACAAGGAAUGCCAAGACGCCUCCUCCAGUCCACCCAUCAUCUACGAUAGCAAAGCGUUGGCUGUAGCUAUAGAUGGCGAAAUUUAGUGUUCAAUGACCAGCGAAGUGAUGCUUUGACUCGAAGCUGACUGAAGUUUUGACAUGAUAGAUGAGACACUGAGAAUUGACGAGGGAAAGACUGAAGAGUUAGCCGACAAACGCAAUAGCAAUUUUUUGGUUUAACACACUGCUUAUGUACAUAUUGACACAAGUUCUUCAAAUAAUGCCCGAAAUUUCUAUGGCAAUGUUUUCAAACUGCU